UUGUUAUCCUGUUUUUCUCUCUCUACCUUUUUUUUUGUUUUCUUUUCUCUCUCUCCUCUGACUACUCCCUGUUUUCCGGCGUUUUUCCGGCGGGUCCCCUUUCCAAAACCUUAAACUUCCCAUUCCCAAAUUCCCUCCCACCGUUCAUAUCUUAAAUCAUCAACUUCGCAACAAUACGUAAAUAUCGAUACAUAUCUAUUUUUUUUUCUUACAAAAAUUAUACGUUUGAAUUUCAUAUUAUUUUGCCACAAAUUGUAUUAUUAUUAUUACUACUACUACUAUUAUUAUUAUUAUUAUUAUUAUUAUUAUUAUUAUUAUUAUUAGGGAUUAGGGAUACUAAUCAUCGUUUCAAAUUUCUAUCUUAAUUAACCCGUGAAUUUUUGUUUUUAAAUAUUUUCGUGGGUUUCAACUUUCAAUCAAAGUUUGAAAAAAAGGAAACAAAUUUGAAACUUGUUAUUUGUUUUUGAAUUUUUAAAUUUCUUUGUCUUGCCCAAACCGUUUCCCUCGUUGUGGUUAUGUUUUCUCGGUGUUUUUGUUGAGGGAAAAACGCGAAGAAGGGGAAAACUUUUGGAGGCAAGUUUUGUUUUAGGGUAGUUGUGAUUCGGAUGGUUUUUGUGAGGUUAUACAUGGGAUUUUUGCUGGAAAAAAAUAGUGACUUUUGCUGUUUUUUUUUUUGAAAUUUGUUUUGGUUUGUUUCUUGAUGGGGGAAGAAGAGGGUGAUGAUUAAUUUAAGGGUGAAUUUGAAGAAUCAGUGGUGACCCUUUUGAUUUUGUGGUAGUGGGUAGCUGUUAUUUUCAUCUUUUGGUUUUUGGGAUGAGUAAGAAUGAUGGCCAGAAACCACAGCAUCUUCUUCUUGGAGGUGUUGCAGCUGCUGCUGCUGGCAGUGGUAGCGGUGGCAGAACCAACAACAAUGGAUUUAUUCCCUCCUUUCGUACUCUCUCUGGUUACCUGAAGAUUGUUUCAUCUGGUGCUUCUACUGUUGCUCGGUCUGCGGCUUCCUCUUUUGCAUCGUCGAUUUUGGAUAAGGGUGAUGCUGCUGACUGUGAUCGGGUUAUUUGGGCUGGGUUUGACACAUUAGAGGGCCAGGGAGAAGUCAUGCGGCAAAUACUUCUUCUAGGCUAUUGGUCCGGUUUCCAGGUUUGGGAUGUUAAUGAUUCAAAUAAUGUCCGUGACCUAGUUUCCCGACAGGAUGGUCCUGUUUCUUUUAUGCAAAUGGUACCAACUCCAAUUGUAUCAAAGAGACCAGAGGAUAAGUAUGCAGGCAAGCAUCCAUUGUUGGUAAUUUGUAUGGAUGGUGGAGGCAAAACACAAGAUGGGUUGGGUGCCACUUGCAAAGGGGGCACUUUAAACCAUCAUGACCAAGUGAAUGGGAACUAUCUGCCAACUACUGUUCAAUUUUAUUCUAUGAGGUCCCAAUCAUAUGUUCAUGUACUAAAGUUUAGAUCAGUUGUUUACUCUGUAAGAUGUAGUUCUCGAAUAGUAGCCGUUUCUCAAGCCACUCAGAUACACUGUUUUUCUGCCACAACUUUAGAAAGAGAGUAUACUUUACUUACCAAUCCUAUAGUCACACCUUGUUUUGGUUCUGGAGGCAUUGGCUUUGGACCGCUUGCAGUUGGUCCUAGAUGGCUGGCCUAUAGUGGAAGCCCAGAUGCAACAGCCACUUCUGGGCGUGUCCGCCCACAGCAUUUGACACCUUCUGCAAGCUUUCCUGGUAUUUCUUCAAAUGCGAGCUUGGUCGCUCACUAUGCCAAAGAGUCUAGCAAGCAUCUUGCUGCUGGGAUUGUGACACUUGGAGAUAUGGGGUAUAAAAAACUUUCCAGAUACUGUUCGGAACUUCGCCCAGAUAGCAGCAGUUCUAUACAAUUGGUAAAUUCUAGCCCAAAAGGAAAUGGAAUCGUUAAUGGCCAUUCAACAGAUGCAGAUAACAUUGGGAUGGUCAUUGUCCGAGAUAUAGUCAGUAAAAAUGUCGUUUCCCAAUUCCGGGCCCACAAGAGUCCUAUUUCAGCUUUAUGCUUUGAUCCUAGUGGCACCAUAUUGGUGACUGCUUCUGUUCAGGGGCACAAUAUUAAUGUUUUUAAGAUAAUCCCUGGAUAUGAGAGAGUGUCAGCAUCUGAUGCUGGCCCUUCUUAUGUUCAUCUCUACAGGCUGCAACGUGGCUUGACAAAUGCAGUUAUUCAAGAUAUCAGUUUUAGUGCUGAUAGCAGGUGGAUUAUGAUUAGUUCCUCAAGGGGCACUAGCCAUCUAUUUGCUAUAAACCCUCAAGGGGGACCUGUAAAUAUUCUGUCAUGUGACAAUAGUUUAACAGAAAAAAAUGGUGGAUUGGAUGUCAUGAAUAAUCAAGCAGUUUGUUGGCCUCAUAGUUCAGCCUUAGAAAUUUGUAAACCACAGAGCCUCUGUACUGCUGGUCCUCCUAUCACACUUUCUGUCGUAAGCAGAAUUAGGAAUGGAUCUAAUGGCUGGAGAAGCACGGUAACUGGUGCUGCUGCAGCUGCAACAAAUAGGAUGAGUUCCCUUUCUGGGGCUAUUGCUUCAUCUUUCCGUAACUUUGAAGGCAACAGUACCUUGUAUGUUAAUGGGAACUAUUCCAAGGAAAAGCGUCAUCUGUUGGUAUUUUCACCCACCGGUUCUAUGAUACAAUAUGCUCUGCAGACAAUUAACAGUCAAGAUUCAGGUGUUGUUUCUGGAGUAACACCUGCGUAUGAAUCUGCCCCAGCGACUGAUGUAAGAGUAGUUGUUGAGCCUAUCAAGAAAUGGAAUAUAAGUCAGAGACAAAGUUGGAGAGAGGGAGAAGAUAAUAUUGACAUAUAUGGAGAGAAUGUAGUUUCAGACAGCAAUAAAUUAUAUUCAGAGGAAGUGAAGAAGGAUAAUAUCAUUAGCCCUAAAAUGAAGAAUGUAGCUGUGAAAUGGAAUUCCUGUUCUGAGAAAGAGCAUCAGUUAUAUAUUUCAGAAGCUGAACUGCAAAUGCAUCAAGCUAAGACACCAUUGUGGGGAAAAACUGGGAUAUAUUUUCAUUCAGUGGGUAAAGAGGCUAUUCUGAUGAUGGAUGAAGAAGCUGCUUCUGGAGGGGAAUUUGAGAUUGACAAGAUUCCAACUCGUGUAAUACAAGCUAGGUCAAAAGACUUGGUUCCAAUUUUUGAUUAUAUUCAGACCUCAAAAUUUCAACAAAUAAGGACUCCUGCUGUGGGUAACGUGUUAUAUGAACAGCUUCUGCGUCAAAGUUCCUUUGAAAAUGGAAGGAUUUCAACCAGGGGUUUUUUGAGUUCUCCUGAUUGCAUACCUAAUUCCGAAUUUAAAAGUAUGAUUGAAGGAAGUGAGUGGGGUGAUAGUUUGCUUUCAGCAAAAACAAAGGCUUUCGUAAAUAAAAACAACACCCUUAAACCAAAUACUUGGCCAGAGAUUGCAAAUAAUAGAAGAGAGAACUUAAACAUGAAUGCUCAUCAAAUCUUUGUAAAUAGUGACAGAAAAGGCCUGAAACUGGAGAAUCACUGCAAAGAAAAAGGAGAUGAAUUUGAUUGAAGGUAUGAAAAAUUCAUCAUUUUGCAUUGGAGGCUUGGUUAACUUUGAUUAUUCUGGUUGAAGAGAUAGAGAAGUUUGAGUUGUAAGUGCUUGACUGCUAUGCCAAAAUGUGGAUAUUAUGUUGGGAUUCUUCAGUUGACCUUGUAAAUAACAGACAAAUGCAUAUCAUGAAAUAAUUAGUUGUAACGGAUUUAGUUCUUCUAAAGUGAAAAGAUUUAGAAAAGAUGUGUAAAGCGAGAAAGUAAGGAUUCAUCGUUAUUCUAAUCAUUUUACGCAUUUACUCACGAUUCAAAUUCAGCUGUAUAGUGUAAAAAUAAUAGAACCACAUUGUAUAUUACACCACUUGAAAAGUGAUAUCUAUAUAAAAUGAUAACAAGGAAUUUCAUUGCAAAGGAA